CUCGGAGAUAAGGUACUAUGACACUAGUAUGCUGUAUGAAGGGUUUCGGUUAUAUCGCGUCUAUCGCGAGCUCAACACCUUUCGGUACCUACUCUCUGUUCCCAUUUUAGCUAAAUCAUCGCCAUGGGUCGUUCAAUUUUGCUUCUUUGCCUACUUGCCCUCAUCCACAGCGCUCAGCUCUCUUAUGCAAAUGAGAACGAGGCAACACCGCCAAAGUGCAGCAAGCUUCUCAUACGCAAAGAGUGGCGGACACUGACGCAUGGAGAAAAGGUCCAGUGGGUAGGAGCUGUCAAGUGCUUGGCAAGCAUACGACACGAGCGACUAUCCUUGACGGAAAACCAUACAGUGCUUGAGGGAAAGAGGAGCCUGUACGAUGAUUUCUCGUACUCGCAUGCGGUUCUGGAACCUAGCGCGCACAGGAAUGCGUACUUUCUGCCAUGGCACCGCUGGUUCUCGUAUUUGUUCGACAGUUCUCUCCGCCGUACCUGCGGGUACAGUGGGCCAACACCAUACUGGGACUGGUCGCGCGAUCACGCGGAUUUGUUUCACUCGCCAGUGUUCGAGGAUUCACCCGAUUACGGGCUGGGUGGAACGGGAGACUGCGAUUCCUCCCCCGAGGCUGACUGCACUGUCACCACCGGCGCUUUUGCCCCGUCCAGUGGAGAUUUCAAGCUUGCUUGGCCAAUACUCCAUCCGCUACGGAGAAAUCUGACGCUCAUAACUGGCUGGUUCGCCCAUGAGCUGCCUCAGAACCGCACUCUCGGUCCCGAGUUUGUGCGUAACUCGACUGAGCAUACCACUGGCGACUUUUUCCGGUUUCAGCACGCAAUGACACUACUGCACAACCACGUACACAAUUUUGUGGGGGGCGAUCUAGCGGGAGACUGUCCGAAGACCCUGGCGGAAGAGGAAUGUCAGGGUCUUGCAGUAAGCUUCACGCCUAAUGACCCACUAUUUUGGCUGCAUCAUGCACAGCUUGACCGUUUGUGGAACAAGUGGCAACGCAACGACCCAUUGAACUUCGCCGCCUUCUCUGGCGUACCCCUCAACGCACACAAUCUGACCAACUACGAUCUCGAUGCCCAUGCAGAUCAUCAGAUGCCAUUCGACGUUCAGAGUGUGCCUGUGACGCCGAGGAGAGUGUUUGAUACAGAAGUUUGGCCGUUAUGCUAUCGGUAUGAAGACGACGAAGACAUUGACACCACGUCUUGAGUUCUUGGUAGUAUACGGUGUACUGCACCUAGGCAUGUCCGAUCAGCCACUUGGCAGAUGAAGCAAGAGAGCACUUUCUUGUCAGAGUAGACGGAGUUGUUCAGUCGCAUUUCUGUAGACUUUUGGCUGCGAUGAAAUUGGAUUGGAUCCUACCAAAGUGCCAACUGGCUGGUCAGACGUGCCUGUGUACAGUGUAGUUUCAGCAGAAAAUGCCACAGGUAUUUGCAUAAUUCAUAGCCACCAC